UACCUUGCGUAUAUUCCGACGGCGUCUGCCUGUAUAUAUAAACAUGUGAGUGGGUUUGAGUUUUGAAGGUGGCGACUUGUGUGCAUGAAUAAGAUUACGAAGAAAGGGAAUGGGGAAGGGAACGGCGUCGUUUAUGAGGGAGAUGGUGGACAAGUGUGGAGGGUAUGCCGUGAUAGACGGUGGCCUGGCGACGGAGCUUGAACGUCACGGUGCCGAUCUCAAGGACCCACUCUGGAGCGCCACCUGCCUCCUUACUUCCUCUCAUCUCCUCACCAAGGUUCACCUAGACUAUCUUGAAGCCGGAGCGAACAUAAUAAUAACAGCAUCAUAUCAGGCCAGCCUUGAGGGAUUUGAGGCAAAAGGGUAUUCUAGAGAAGAAGGUGAAGCUCUGCUUAGAACAAGUGUAGAAGUUGCACGCGCGGCUCGAGACAUAUACAACCAUAGAUUCACGAGACAUUCUUGUGACCUCAUCGGAAAUGGAACAAAUCCCCAGACGCGUCCGAUUCUUGUUGCUGCUUCUGUGGGAAGCUAUGGCGCUUAUUUGGCCGACGGAUCAGAAUACAGAGGGGACUACGGCGAUGCAGUCACAGUGGAGACGCUGAAAGAUUUUCACAGGAGACGACUCCAGAUUCUUGCCGACUCUGCUCCUGACUUGAUUGCAUUUGAAACCAUUCCAAACAAACUCGAAGCUCAGGCGUACGUUGAACUUCUUGAGGAAGAAGGAAUAGAAAUUCCUGCCUGGUUUUCUUUUAGCUGUAAGGAUGGAAGCAAUGUGGCUAGCGGGGAUUCCAUAUUGGAGUGUGCAUCCAUUCCUGAUUCAUGCGAGCGAGUUGCUGCGAUUGGAGUCAAUUGCACAGCUCCGAGAUACAUUCACUCACUCAUUGAAUCUAUAACAAAGGUAACAAAUAAACCAGUUCUUGUAUAUCCCAACAGUGGCGAGACUUAUGAUGCUGAGAACAAGCAAUGGGUGAAAUCAAGUGGAGUGGGAGAUGAAGAUUUUGUGUCAUAUGUGGGAAAGUGGCGUGAUGCAGGCGCUUCCCUUUUCGGUGGCUGUUGCAGAACUACUCCUAAUACUAUCAAAGCCAUAACCAAGGCAUUGUCUGGAAAAGCACAUGUUGUUGAUAAUCACGACACAAAUCUUGGUUUCCGGAAGAAAUGAAGAAGUGUUAAAUAAAAUGGUUAGGUUUAUGUCUCUGGGAUUUACAUGUUUUUGUUUCUUAAUUAUUAUGAUUAUUGUUAUCACUAUACUUUGUAAAUUUAGAUGGAGAUGUAAACUUAAAUCUUUAUAUAGACUCUUAGUGUGUUAUAUUAUUUA